CUCUGGUGGACCCGUUAUUCUGUUCCAAUUUCGAGGUUCUGAUAUGAUGUGUUGUUCAUCCACCUCCAACGCUUGUUGACCCAAGACCAAAAGUCUCUCACCAACGCCGCCGUCCCCGCUCUCAUCACUUGCGGCUGGAAUCUUGCUUGACCAAUCUGUCUCUCUUUAUUUUUUUCUUGUGGCCUUACAGUCUACACACAUUGAGCCACAACAAGCCGCUCUCCAACGUCCUCCUCCGGUAGGUGUAAUCCACCCACCAUAAAGAUUACUGCGGGACCCUUUGCGAGACCUUUUGCGAGAAGUGGCGUGUAGGCGUCGUCUUAUUUGCUCCCACGGGGGCGUUUCCUGCCCUUCAUCCCGCGAGAGCAAACUCAACGAACCACUGACAAUUAGCACCGCUGCAUUGGAAAGGGAACACUCUCCAAACUCAAGCCACAGCUAGCUGCCCUCCUCCUUAGUACUUGACUACUUUACAUACUGGUGCCCACGGUAACAGAGAUACAAGACGCUUUUCAUCACUCCUCGACCCCACCGAGAGCUGCGCCUAAGACCGCCUUAUAUUGUGCAACCCCUCCGGUGUUGACUGCCGUCCGUCAUUCGACGCCGAUAGUCGUGCCGUUGCUAGGUAGAAACCAUAUCAGGCCCGCCUUCCAAAACUAACUCGCUAUCGCUACCUGGGUUUUGUGGCCGAGGGGACGAUCUGAAGACAGCAUUUAUUAUCAUUCUGGGCCUUAGACCUUGGGAUUCACCUCGCAACGCAAGACUCUCCGACCGUGGAGGAUCUGGAGGAUCUGAGGUGUCUGGGCAGCUUUGCUUCGCAACUGGGUUGUCUACAAAAUCUCCGAGACUCUAUAACUUCCCCCUGUUCAGUUUGCGUAUUUAGACGCAUGGUAUACGAGCGCAAUUGACGGCAGUCACUUCUGUCCAAAAUUCACUUUCUUCAUAACUGUCUUCGACGUCAGGAAUGUGGGAACUGAGUACCACGUAUACGACACCAGAAACAAACGAAAUAUCGAAUUCCAUGGGACAUUCAUACUUUGAGCCUCCGCAAAACUUGAUUCCCAGCUAUCCCCAUCUACCUUUGGACUCCGUACUUUCGCCUUCAGGAGAACCGCCAGCACUAACGAAUGUUCAAAGACUUGGAUUCUCAAACUCAUCGAAAUUGGCAAAGAUAAUGAGAUCAAUGUCUACUCCAAACGUACGUGGGCAAGCAACAGCCGAUGCAGCUGCGCUUGCGCUCUCGGCAGACAAAAGAAGAAACAAAUUGGGUUACCAUAGAACCUCCGUCGCAUGUGGUAAGUGGUGAACGCGUGUAGAACAGAAUCGCUGGUGGAUCUGAAGGCGAGUAGCAGAAAACUGAUGAUAGAUAGGCCAUUGUCGGCGACGGAAGAUUCGAUGCAUUCCAGCACCAGCCGACCCUCAAAGUCGAUGUUCGAAUUGCAUCAGACUGAAAAAGGAAUGCAAUUUUUAUCCCGUGGAUCAACAGCCUCCAUCUCAGCCUCAGCCAGAUACAAGGCGCGGAGAUUCAAAGAGCCACAGUGGUACAGGAAGAGCCUCCGAAUCCUCCUCGCCCACGACUUCGACAGGCCAAUUACCUGAGAUUCAGUCAAACUUACCCUACCCACAUAUGCCAGCAAUUCAGAAUGUACCCAGUCCACAGAUGAAACGGCAAAGGACUGAGAGUUAUUCGCCAGAGAGUAAAGGUGUGUUGUCGGUUAACUCAGCAAUCAACGAUUACCCUGACAAAGUCGCAGUCGUCACAUCUGCACGUAACUUUGACUACAAUAACCAUGGAACUACCAACUGGAUGGCUCCAGAUGCUUCGCCAGGCAUCAAGAAUCCAGGAGAUGUGUCCCAGCAAUACUGGCGCGCAAAUGCUCAAGACUCGCCAUUGACCCCGGCGUUCUCACCAUUUACUCCCAACCUACAAAUCCCUCCUACGCAAAAUUGGCCAACUCCUCAUACGGAGCCAAGCCCGAGAGAAGAUAUGUCAUGGCCUGUACCACAGCGCUCGAUGUCUUACAACAAUCUGGAUGGAUUGCAAAAUCAUCAACAAAAUUAUGCCCCCUACUCGCAAGCUCCCCCAGACCAUUACACGGCAAAGCCUCGUUCUCAACAACUUCCGGCAAUGUAUCCUCCACCACUGUCGGCUAGUAGUAUGAUGGCUCAAACUACCUCUCCAACCACUACCGACCCGCUUCCUCAUCCUCACUCAGCGGGUUCAUUGCCUCCGGCACCAUACGGAUCGUGGCAGCAACCGUAUUAUCCCAAGUCAAUUGGGUCAACUGGCGAGGACAAUUAUCAUGGUUGGAACAACAAUCAAGGACUUCCUCGGCCAGCUCAGUACUCGGGGAGUACUCAUGCAUCAGCACCAACUCCUGCGUACUAUGCUGAACCUCAGAGUGGAGUGUACUAUGCACCGCACCAAGGGCAUUCGGGUCGGUAA